CUCUGCGCCCAUACGAUGCUCGCCAUGAGAUCAACGGCCGCGCUUGCGGCGCUGUUUGCCACAACGGCGACGCUCCUCUCAUCAUUCGUCAGUGCUGAGCCCCCCUCUGCCUUGCUGGCCUCAGCCUCGCGCAACCCUUCUGGCAUCGCCCACUUGGAUUCGGCUGCCUUCAACUCCAUCGUCAACGAAGCGGCCGCAACGCGCGACUACUCGAUGUCCAUCCUCCUCACCGCUCUGAAUGCUCCGGGCAUCGACUGUGUGCCCUGCAAGGCCUUCCAGCCUCACUACGAAGGAGUAGCCGCUGCGUGGAAGAAGAACGGCAAGGGGUGGAAGGAGGGGAAAGCCGGGCAUUACUUUGCGGAAGUCAACUUUGUAGAUGGCAGAGAGGUGUUCCAGCAGCUACAAAUCCAACACGCCCCGAUGCUCCUCUUCCUCCCCCCACACGGCCCUGCCAACAAGGGCAUCUCCUACGACUUCAAUGCGCACGGCUUCGACGCGCCUGGAGUAUCGUCUCACAUCUCACAGCUCAUCGGAAAGCCCAUCGGAUACAAGAAGCCCUUCCCAUGGCGCACGGCCAUCAUCUUCUCCCUCACCGCAAUGGUGGCCACCUCGGCUGUGCUGUACGUCGUAGCGAAGGUGCAGGCACAACUGGAGGCAUCGAGCGGUGGAUGGGUACUGCAGCUCGUGUGCUUGGCCACGAUCACCAUCAUGUGCGCUGGGUACAUGUGGAACAACAUCCGUGGCGCACCUUACAUGAGCAUGGGGUCCAAUGGCAAGGUCGAAUACUUUGCGGGAGGCUUCCAAAAUCAAUUGGGCGUCGAGACGCAGAUUGUUGCAUCCAUCUACGGUAUCCUCGCCUUCUCCCUAAUUGCCCUCACCGUUCUUGUACCAACGCAGCGCGACCCGGUCAAGCAGAGGGCGGGAGUCUACGUAUGGAGCGUCAUCUUCCUGGGCGGAGUCAGUGUACUCUUUGCCGUGUUCAGGAUCAAGAACCCUUCGUACCCGUUGCGACUUUUCCUCUGAGCGAUGAGCGGGGCCCGCCAAUACAUUGGCCGAAUUAUUCUGCACCUCCGCCAUGCUCCUCAGACUCACGCUGCAAUAGAGAAGUCAAAUUAAGCAAGCC